AUGUCCGAUAUCGAGUCACAGAGAGUCCUCGGGGCUGGAAUCCCGAGGACUGGCAGACUGAUUGACGUCGGAGCCACUUACGGGCCUGCAAUUAGGCACUUCCAAGCAUGGAGGCUAAUAAUGCCCGUGUUCCUCCACGUCGGCAUUGUGCAUUUGCUAUUUAACAUCCUCUUCAUUCUGCAUAUGGGACUUGACAAAGAAAUUAAAUACGGAAGAUCAAAUUUCCUCAUGCUCUACUUUUCCUCCGCUUUGAUUGGGAACAUGUUCACCGUCUUAAUGCGCCCCUGCUCCUUGGCUGUCGGUGCAAGUACUGCAGGGUUCGGUCUCGUUGGCUCCAUUCUUGCUGAGAUCCUGAUGGUGUGGCAUAAGCUCGACGAGCGUACGCGGAAUAUGUACACACUCGACAUCACCAUCUUUGGAGCUCUGAUGAUUCUGCUGUCCUAUGGGCAAACUGUUGAUAUAUGGGGCCAUCUGGGAGGCUUCGUCUGCGGAGUUGCAGUCACCUGCGAAUUGAACAAGAAUAUCAGGGAUCUCCCUCACUGGUUUGGUCUGGUCAAGGAUGGAACACGCACGAUAUGUCUUGGUGUCAUCGCCCUCACCCUUGUUCGUGUAUUCCUUGGUCUCCCCCUGCCCAUGGGGUGCGCAUAA